AUGAGCGCAGGCUGGCUGCCCGUGUGGCCCUCACAGCUCACUGAGACAGCUCUCCAUCCACUCCCUGCUCAGAGAGAGUCCGAGGCUGCUGCUCCAGCUGUACAGACUGUCGCUUCUCCAGGAGCCCAGCGCUGCUCUCCUGGGAGCCUGCUGCUCCCUGUCCACCUUCCAAGCUCAGGGCUCCAGUCUGACAGGGAAGCCCUUGCCAGCCACACACAUUCAGUGUCGCUGUCUUCUUUGGAGGAGAUCUCUGCACUGGAGGGCGGCAGGGGCCCGGCUCACUUUGGGGCCAAAUCUGAACCAACAGCAACCAUGAACUUCAUCACCAUCUUCAUCUGGAUCUUCACUAGCUACUGUUUCACAGAAUCAGCAGCUGAAGUGACAGUCACUCAGACGCCUGCAGUGAAACCUGUUCAACCAGGAGACACAGUUACUAUGUCCUGUAAAACCAGUCCUGAAGUUUACCAGGGUUACAGUUAUCAUCCACCAACCUGGUACUUACAGAAACCUGGAGAAGAACCUAAACUCCUGAUUUAUGCUGCAGACAAUCAUGUGUCAGGAACUCCAUCUACAUUCAGUGGCAGUGGAUCUAACAGUGAUUUCACUCUGACCAUCAGUGGAGUCCAGACUGAAGAUGCUGGACAUUAUUACUGUCAGAGUUACCAUGAAAUCAACAGUGAUGAUGUGUUCACACAGUGA